AUGGAUUUUUUGAUGUUGUUGUUGUGCUACUAUGGGUCAAACAUGUUUGUGAUAAAUGUGGUAAAAUCAUUUUCCUUUGACGAGUUAGUGAAAUGUGUGUGCAACAAAUGGUGUGAUUUGUUUGCUGAUUCAAUCACUAUGUUUUACCGACUGCCGGGGUAUACAAAUUGUCAUUUGCAUAACAAUGAGGAAUUGCAAAACAAGCUAUUGCUUGGUAAAUCAAUUGGAGUUGAACGAAUUGAUGUUGUUGUUGAGCAAAAAUUGGGCACUGAUAGACAUAGUAGUUUAGUAAAUCCAUGCAUUGAAGAUGAGGAUCAAACAAAUUUGCUCCGUAGAUAUUGUGCACACAGUGAGAAGGUUUUGUUGUCUUCAGUUUGGGCAAAUGGUAUUACGCAUGUUGGUCAAUGUUUCACAGGAGGAGCAUUUGAGUUUCGUACUAUUUUAUGUAAAUAUGCAGUGCAAUGUGGGUUUAAAUUCAAAUAUUUGAAGAAUGAUUCACAGCGAAUUACUACUGUAUGCUCACAUAGAGAUGAUAGGGGAUGUUUGUGGUCUGUGCAUGGUAGAGUCCAAAGAGCAAACCAAUUUUUCUACCUUAAGAGAUGGACUAAGAUACAUAGUUGUGAUGCUGAUGUUUGUACUUCAAAAAAUCCAAGGCUCAGCUCUGAUUUGGUGUCAAAUGUUGUGUCUGAGCGUGUUAGGGACAGACUACUAACGCGUCCCACUGAUGUGGCAUAUAGUUUCAAGGCAGACUAUGGACUUGAUAUCAGCUACCAUGUAGCAUGGUUAGAUGUUGAGAAAGCGAGAGAGGCUAUGCAUGGUGAUUACUUAACAUCGUUUGACCAACUGAGAUGGUGUGGUGAUGCUGUUCAACAUUAUAAUCCUAGAAGUCAUAUCAAUAUUGACUAUGAUUUGAAGACUAGAUUGUUUCCAGUAGCCUUUGCAAUUGUUUAUUCGAAGAGUGAAUUGAAUUGGUCAUGGUUUCUAUAUGAACUAUCAAAAGUAAUUGCUGAUGAUAGACGCAUGACAUUUAUAUCCGAUCGUAAUCUAGGGCUUUUGGAAGCAAUGCCAAAGGCAUUCCCAUCAGCAUAUCAUGGAUGGUGUUUACAACACCUAAAGAAUAAUUUUAGGGACAAGUUGAAGGGUAUGGAGAAUGAUUUCAAGGAACACUUAAUACAGAAGUUGGGUGAUUGUGCAUAUGAACCUACUGUGACAGGUUUUCAUGCAUUACUAGAAGAGUUGAAGAGUGAGGGGAAACAACGAGCAUAUAACUUCUUGUCAGGGUUAGAACUAGAACAUUGGGCAAAUGCUUACUUUAGGGGACAACGAUAUGGCGAGAUGACAUCCAAUGUUGCUGAAUCAUUCAACAAUUGGAUUAAAGAAGCACGAAAUCUUCCAAUAACAAAAUUGGUUGAUACUAUCCGGAAUCAAAUAAUGUGUAAAAUGUCAGAGCGAAGGGAUAUUGCAAACAAGUGGAAUGGAAUUAUUUGCCCUAUCCAAGAUUCAUUCAAUUCUAGUAGGUCAUGGAAUGUGAGUAAAGUUAAUGAUGAUGUGUUCGAGGUGCAUUCGUUUCCAUCAGUUACGGUUGAUGUUGGAUGCUGUGUUUGUUCUUGCUACCAGUGGCAAGUAAAUGGAUUUCCUUGUGAACAUGCUGUUGCGGCUAUCCAAAGGAGUGCAUAUAAUCUUAAUGAUUGUGUUGAAAAAUAUUUUCAUAUAGAGAAUUAUAGGGAAGCAUAUGCAACGGCUAUUUUCCCAAUACCAUCUGUGGAGAAACCAGAUUUUUGCUCUAGCGAUUUCAUCAUAUUACCUCAAAUUGUAAAACGGCCAAUUGGUAGGCCGAGAAAGAGUAGAAUACCAACUCGAAGGGAAAAAGUAAUUCAAAUCAGGUGUGGUAGAUGUGGAAAGAUGGGCAGGCACAAUCGAAAGUCGUGCAAAGAACCAAUACAGAGUUAUAUUAGUUGA